AUGUGCAUCACACACGGCGACACUUUGACUGCUGUUUCCUGUCGUAAGCGGUUCGACGAUUUUAUCGUCGCAUUCAAGGAGGACAAACUGAACUCCCUCCGUGCAUCAGGCACAGAGGAAGAGUACAAUGAGCGAGAACAAUUGAUGCAAGACAUCGUGGACCUGAUGAAUACCUCGCAAGACCGCAAGCGUUCUGUCAAGGAAGAGAAGACGGCCAAGUUCGAAAAGCGGGAGAGCGGUGGUGAGAGAUUGCGUGACGCUGCAAUGCGAGCUUAUGCUGCCAAGCGGAAGUCUAUCGAUGCUGAAAGUGACGUCGACGUUCCGCCAGACGAGGGCAAGGAGAAAAAAUUUCGUCGCGUGCAAAAAGUUCCGGACACAACGAGCGCCCUCGAGAGAUUUGCAGUGCAUUUAGAGCGCGCAAAUGAAUUCAAGUCACGUGAAAUUGAGAGCGCUGCCCAAGCGAAUGCAUUGGCUCAACGACGCCUCGAACUCGAUGAGGCUAGGUUUACUUUGGACAAAUCCGAAAGAGAGGCGUGA